AUAUAAAGAGAAAAAGAACCUAAUUUCAGUGCUAAAAUAAAUUCAAGGAGGCAAAUGAAUACAUAUUUGAACCACGCUAAUCUCAGAAAAUCGUCACAUGUGAUUUAAUCAGGUAUUUAGAGACUUAAAACGAUUUCAAAUGGUGAUGCAAUUGCCUGAAUGCUCUUUACGAUUCUGAACAGUAUAUUGAAGGAAUAUAUUGAUGCCAGCUAAAACAGAAUCAUACUAGACAUUUUUCAUGAUUAAAGGAAUAAGUAAUGACUGAAGCUACAACUGUUCGGUAUUUUAUUGUGAAGUGUGCAAACUUCGCUUCACUGAAAACCUGCAUUACUUCAGAGAAGUGGGCAUGUAGAGAUAGGGUUUCUCCACCUCACCCUCGUCAAAUACUCUCUGAGGCUCUGAAAAAUGGGAAGGUGAUUUUCAUAUACAGUGUAAACAAUUGUCAUGGCUGGCAUGGAUAUGCCGAGAUGUUGACGCCACCUAAGAAUCAGAAUGACGAGAAAGCAGGUCAGGAGAUAAAAAAUGGUUAUACUCAAGAGAGUAAAGAAUUUUCUGAACAAACUGAAACAUCUGAUAACCUUAUUAACAGUGAAUGGCACUACUUCAAAGUCAAAUGGAAGACCCACUUCACAGAUCACUUUGGAGAACAAUGUUUAUCAUCUAAACUAACUGAGGAUAUCUUCGUAGACAAUGCACCACUGAAUCAGAGUAGAAAUUGGCAAGAAAUUCCUCAAGAAGUAGGAUCAAAGUUGUGUUCCCUGAUUGAUUCAUUUUAUGGAGAACUCAAGGAGAAACGGGAAGAAAAGUUACAGAGAGAACUAGAACGUAUACCUUCCCCGUUUUACAAUUCAGAGGAGGUUUCUAGUGAGGAGACCUGGAGAACUAUUGUAAACAAAGUGGAGAGAGACCUGGGAAAAGUUAUCCUGGCUUGUCCUUUUGGCAGCCAAAGGUACAACCUGAGCACACCAGAAAGUGACACAGAUAUGUUUAUUGUUUACCAAGCAAAGACCAGGGAUGUUCUCGGGUUUCAUCCACCAAAACAGACAAUCAAGAACAGAGAGAACCAGCGAUGUGACUACACGAUCCAUGAAGUGUUCCGGUUCAGUGAGCUGCUACUGAACGGAGAUGCUAGAUGUGUGGAGACGUUGUUCCUACAGGACGAUUCCAUGGUCAUGACCUCUACAGAAUGGCAGGAGUUAAAGGAAGGAAGGAGGCACUUUCUCAAUAGGGAAACUCUAAAUAAAUAUCUCAGAGACGCUCAAGGUAGCAAAGGCACCACACAGCUAAGGAAAUGGUGUAACGAACAUCCCGAAGAAACCGUACUGCCACCCAAGAUGUGUAAAUUGGUGUAUGUCAUCGUUCGCCUACUACAGAAUGCAAGGGACAUAGUUGUUGGAGAUGACCUUCACGUGUACAGGGAUGAUAGAACUCCCGACAGAGAAACAUUGAUGACAAUUAGACGGGGGGAAUUCCCUGUAAACAAGGCCUGGGAAAUCAUACAAAAGUUGGAAUCCACUAUUUUGGACCAAAAAGAUUCUGUUUCAGAAAGAACCAAAGACUGUGUAGAUUUCACAGAAUCCUGGCUCCUAGGUCUCAGACAUAAGGACUUUACAUCCCUCCCAUCUUCCAAAUGAACCUCUGCAAUGGGGAACUGAAAGACAUUGUUACCUUACUACACAUGUAGUAUAUAUUCACCACUUUAUCAGGUG